UCAACCAGACAAAUUUGUAAACGAAGAAGAUAAAAUUUGGAUUUGGAUUUGGAUUUGGAUUCUGUUUCGAUCGACUGAUUGCUUGAUUGAUUGAUUUUGAGGUGAAGUGUAACAACAGCUAGAAGAUGGCAGCGGUUGCGAUGAUCGGAAGAUGUUCGUCUUCAUGGAUCCAAUUGAAUGAUGCGAAGAACAGGACGACAACAACAACAACGAGAAAUGGAAGAGGAAGAGGAAGAGGAAGAAUUUGUUCUGUAUAUUCAUCCACCGUAGCUGAUCCUUACAAGACAUUAAGGAUUCAGCCAGGGGCUUCUGAACCGGAAGUGAAAAAGGCUUUCAGGAAAUUAGCACUUCAGUAUCAUCCAGAUGUAUGUAGAGGAGGGAAUUGUAGUGUUCAAUUUCAUCGAAUCAAUGAAGCUUAUGAUGUGGUGAUGAAUAGUUUGAGAGGUGAAACCCUAGAUGAAGAACCGUUUGAAUGUGUGGCGCAGGAAGAAGAUAUGUGGGAAGAAUGGAUGGGAUGGGAAGGAGCGGGUAUUCGUGAUUAUUCUUCUCAUAUAAAUCCUUAUAUAUGAUGAUUGAUGAUCUUCUUCUUCUUCUUUUGUCUGUCUCAUCUCAACAAAAACAUCAACCAUGGAGAAAAUAAAUAAAUGGUUUGAUGUUUUUUUGUAUUGGUGAUGGUGUAAAUACACGACUUUUCUUUCUUUCUUUUAAUUUGUAUAUACAAAUCUUAAUUGGAUCAUUAAUAAAUGAGUUUUUAUUCAAUUUUA